CCCGGGCGGCGGGGAACGCGGGAGGAUGCAGAACCCGGGGCGGGGGGAGCCCGAGGGGCGGGCGGAGGAGGUGUCGAGGCCCUGAGCUCCCGGGGAGUUUUUACUGGAGGCAAAAGUCCACAGCGGGCGGGCUGAGGGAGGGGCGGAGAAAGGGGACCGCUUGGGGGCACUGGGAAGCCAGAUAUCCUCUGCCGAGAAGGCAGGGACUCUCCUAGGCGCGGGCGAGGAGGCUGGGGGAGGGGGCGCUGUGGGAGGAGGAGUAGCAGAAGACAAAAGCCGAAAGCGAAGAGGGCCUGGGCUGCACACACCGGCUGGGAGACAGCUGUCUGUGCAGCGAGCAGCCGGCGCGGGGAAGCCGCAGGGCGCGGGGAGUCACGAUCCUCAGGCAGCAUGGGGAAGGGGGGGAACCAGGGCGAGGGGGUCGCCGAGCGCGAGGCGACGAUGCCCACCUUCAGCUGGGAGGAGAUUCAGAAGCAUAACCUGCGCACCGACAGGUGGCUGGUCAUUGACCGCAAGGUUUACAACAUCACCGAAUGGUCCCUCCGGCACCCGGGGGGCCAAAGGGUCAUCGGGCACUACGCUGGAGAAGAUGCAACGGAUGUCUUCCAUGCCUUCCACCCUAACCUGAAAUUCGUGAGCAAGUUCUUGAAACCCCUGCUUAUUGGCGAGCUGGCCCCGGAGGAGCCCAGCCAGGACCGUGGCAAGAACUCUCAGAUCACCGAGGACUUCCGGGUCCUGAGGAAGACGGCUGAGGACAUGAACCUGUUCAAGACCAACCACAUGUUCUUCCUCCUCCACCUGGCCCACAUCGUCGCCUUGGAGAGCAUUGCGUGGUUCACCAUCUUUUACUUUGGCAAUGGCUGGAUUCCUACCCUCAUCACAGCCUUUGUCCUUGCUACCUCUCAGGCCCAAGCUGGAUGGCUGCAACACGAUUAUGGCCACCUGUCUGUCUACAGGAAAACCAUGUGGAACCACAUUGCCCACAAAUUCAUCAUUGGCCACUUAAAGGGUGCCUCCGCCAACUGGUGGAAUCAUCGCCACUUCCAGCACCAUGCCAAGCCUAACAUCUUCCAGAAGGAUCCCGAUGUGAACAUGCUGCACACGUUCGUCCUGGGCAGAUGGCAGCCCAUCGAGUACGGCAAGAAGAAGCUGAAAUACCUGCCCUACAAUCACCAGCACGAAUACUUCUUCCUGAUUGGGCCGCCGCUGCUCAUCCCCGUGUAUUUCCAGUACCAGAUCUUCACGACCAUGAUCUCCCGCAAGGACUGGGUGGACCUGGUCUGGGCCGUCAGCUACUACACCCGGUUCUUCAUCACCUACAUCCCUUUCUAUGGCAUCCUGGGAGCCCUCCUUUUCCUCAGCUUCGUCAGGUUCCUGGAGAGCCACUGGUUUGUGUGGGUCACACAGAUGAACCACAUUGUCAUGGAGAUUGACCAAGAGCCCUACCGUGACUGGUUCAGUAGCCAGCUGUCAGCCACCUGCAACGUGGAGCAGUCCUUCUUCAACGACUGGUUCAGCGGACACCUUAACUUCCAGAUCGAGCACCACCUCUUCCCCACCAUGCCCCGGCACAACCUCCACAAGGUCGCCCCACUGGUAAAGUCUCUGUGUGCCAAGCAUGGCAUCGACUACCAGGAGAAGCCGCUGCUGAGGGCCCUGCUGGACAUCAUCAGGUCCCUAAAGAAGUCCGGGGAGCUGUGGCUGGAUGCCUACCUCCACAAAUGAAGCCACAGCCCUCAGGACACCGCAGGGAAGGGGCGCAGGUGGAGUGAUGGCCAAAGGAAGGGUGGGCUUUUGUUCUGAGGGGGGUCCAAGAGGCUGACUACAUGCCGCUCACAGACAACAAUUGGGUCUUUCUCCCUUUCUCUCCUUUUUCCCUUCAUGUCUCCCCACAGCACCCCACCUACCUGGGGCCUGCCAGCCAUCAACCAGGGUCCUCCCAGUGCCUCCCGGUCCCUUCUUCCAAGGAGCAGAGAGAGAGGUAGCCACAGGGGGUGGCUCUGUCCCACCUCCACUCUGCUCCUAAAUGUGGGAGGAGAGCAGCGGCCCAUGAGUCUGGUCUGUGAGCCCCCCUGCAGCCUGGUCACUAGGCCUCCCCCUCCCCACUUUGGUUCUUCAGAUGCUCUUGGGGCUCAUGGGGGCAGGUCCUAGUCGGCCAGGGGCCCUGACCCUCUGGGCCCCGCUUCCCUCUCCCUGACGGCCACCAUUGGUCCGCCCUUUCAUAAAGAGGCCUGCUUUGUGCUUGGCCUCCCUCCAGCAGCCAGGAUCAGUACCCAGGGCCUCUCUUAAGAUGUCCAGGGCCCUGGGUCUGAGGGCACAGCCAGCCCAGACCUCGGGCCCUGGAAGAGUCCUCCACCCCAUCACUAGAGCGGUCUGAGCCUGGGCUUUCACAGGCCAGUUCCACCGUCUCCCCAGCUUGAGCUUGUGACCUUGGGACCAAAGCAGGAGUCCCUUGUCCCUUGUGGCUCAGCAGAGGCAGUGACCAGGUUCAGGGAGGGGCCAGCUGGCCUGGAGGCUCAGCCCUGCCCCACAGCUUGUCCUGGAGGAUUCUGGAGCAAUCUGACCCUUCUCCAAAUGCUCCGGUACCAGCUGGGCGGUGCUAGCCAAUUCCUGGCCAUUUGGCUCCAGGGGAUGUUGGCCCUGCAGGCUGCGGGAGGGUGCUGGAGCUGGGGGGUCUCGUCCCAGCCCCUCCCCUUCUCGGGGCUGCUGUGUGGACGGCACUCCCUCAGGACCCUUCUAUGUGUACCUGCCUUUACUGUGUUUAACCUUUUGCUCCAGGAUGCAUUCUGAUAGGAGGGGCGGCAGGGCCGGGCCUUGUGACAAUCUGCCUUUCACCACAUGGCCUGGCCUUGGUGACCCUGACAGGGAGGGCCUGGAAGGCAGAGCGGGAGGGAGUUUCAGGUGGAGGCUGCCCUGAGGGGCUGGGGAGGGGGGUACCUCAAGAGGACCAGGCUGGAGCAGAGAAGAGGAGGAGGUGGGGGCUGGAGGAGCUGGUAGCUGAGGGAACGGGCAAGUGAGAGGGGAGGGGGGAAGUCCUGGGGGAAGUACUGAGCUGCUGUUAGCGUCUAACCCACUAAUCAGUUCUUAGAUUCAGGGGAGGGGAGGGCACCAACAACUCAGAAUGGGGGCCUUUGGGAGGGCACCUAGUGCCCCCAGCUCUAACCAGCCAGGAAGGACUAACAUCUAAGCCUCUGGGUUGCCAUGUCAUGGCAUGCCCUCAGCUACUAUAUGCCCCGCCCCCCGCAGAGACAGGAUGAGCCCAUAGGGAACCGAUCAUAAUGUCUAUCAUGUUGCUUCCCCACCCCUACGUUUUUUGAAAUAAAACAAGUAAUUUUAUUCUCA